CAAGAGCCACCACACAUUUCUGGACCGAAGAGCUGACAGAAUUUAUGCUUAAUGUGUAUUGAAGGAGUUGAACAUACUAAAGUUCAUGGUUCUUUCUCGAAAUGUUGAUGUUGGUGGUGGUGAAGAGGUCAAGCGGAAAUGGCUGUAUCACCACGAGUUGUAAUGAAAACAGCGCCACCUAUCGUAUCGGAUAUGACAUGCUUUCGGCCAAUGAUUCGAAUUACUCACUGCCAUGUAUAUUGGGAUAACAGCAGAUCCCCCAAAAGAUAGCAUAGUCCGACUAAAGCAAGAUUCGAAUUAUACCAUCAUGUAACCGCACUGAGUGAGGCCAAUGUUGAUGAAAGACUUCAGGACAAUGGAUUUAUGGGUGAUAUAACAAAAUCCAGAACCUCAUGUGAGAUAUGAGCGAGCAAAGUUGUCAAUGGGCGUUGUCGAUCACAUUUGGAACAUAAAGUAAGGUACACUGUAUUUUUAAAUGUAUCUGAAUUACUGUGCGGAGGGUUAAAGUAACACCAUGAAAGCACCGUUCAAUCACAAAACAGAGCCAUGAGGAUACUCAUCAAUAUUGGGUUCAUGGAACACACAAUCACACUGUUUUUAAAGAAAGUCUCUUUAUACUUGACAAUCUUGAUUAAGUUGCAUUGUUGAGUCCUGAGAGGUGUUCAGUGGUCUGCUGUGGUGCUGCAGCCUCCAGCUGUGAUUGGCUGGUUGACUCUCAGGUGCACCAGGUGACCCAUUAAGCAGUGAUUGGAUGCAGGUUGCAAUAAAUGCGACCUCUCUGCUUCACACACAUACAGAGCAGCUUCAGGGUGCUUGGGUUUCUGUUGCUUGCAUUGGAAUACAGAAAUGGCUUGUGGAGUUCAUUUGGGGUACGUUUUUAGUUUUUUGUUGCUGCUCUUUUCAGUGUUUGUUGAGUUGAUGUACCAUUUCUCACUGACUGUCUUGUUUUCCCUCCAGGAUCUUUCUAAUUUGCUUGCUUCAAGCAGAGCAUGUGCGUUGUCUGUGGGCGACACAAGCUCAGAAAUCAAACCGCAACUCGUAUGUUGGCUUCACGCAGCAGGGCGGUGGAUAUGGUGGAAGCGAUCCCAGACUGGACUCAGACGGGCCUCUGGUUCUCCCGGCUCCGCCCGGAGCAGCGGCCUCUACGCACACGCCGUUGGCAGUAGUUCUAGGCAGAGGUUUCCGACUAGCGGGAACAGACAGAUUAUUUCUCAACCGGCUAAAAGUGUCUAUGAUUCGGUGAAGUUGGUGCAGAGCAGCGGGGAGUCUAAACCUAACCGGCCAACGAGUAUGUUGAGACGAGAAAAUGUGCACAAGAUGCCCCAAAAAAGCUUAAGCGCCCCUUCUGCUUCUAUUGCUAGCGGCGGUUCGCUGAGUAAGUACGCCCAAAGACCGACCAGCAAGGCGAGAACGUGGCCAGUCCAGCAGGGUACCCGCAGUACGAGCACCCAGCGGUCCAGCGGUUCUGAAUCUCUUCUGGGUCCAAGAGGAAGCUACUCCUUCACACCCUCCUCUCGUCAGACGGCCGACGCCGGGCUGACGGGUUAUUCUACUUCUACGAAGUCUUCUCGCUCGUCCAGCCCGGGCGCUGCUGAGCCACGCAGAAUCCCCGUCCGGACGAAAACCUCAGCUAGCGCCGCCGCUAGACGGGUGUCUUCGCGGCGUGGCUCUGCAGCGUCGACGCCUUCCCGUUUCUCCUCUCUCCAAAAUAAGAGCACGAGAAAUAACCCCGGACGGACUGGGGCUCGGAAACCGUUCUCGAGCAGAGUGGGUCCCGCCUCCCGGACCUCUGGCCAGGGCGUUGCCCCGAGCACCACCCAUUGGAUCCCUCGGCGCUUUGGAGGCUACGCUAUCAGACGGCUGAGAGGACCUGCUGACCAGAGGGAAGUUAAUGACGGCAAGCCGCCGCAGUAUCGGGCCUACGUGGCCCCCCGGCGCCCGUCUUCGCUGCAGAAGCCGGCCUACGUGGCCCCGUGGUGCCCGUCUCGGCAGCGGGACUACACGCUCCCCUCUGCAUCCAACAAGCAGCAGCUCCAGAGUGAUCAUCCAAAGGGCUCGUGUUAGAGCGUCAGGCUGGGACAUAACGUGUAGUUUCUAAGCUAUCAGUGAGCUGCAGCAGGUCCUGGGAUGAAUGGUUUUUUAAAUAAAAGUUGUUAUAUUUA